AUGGAUGACAGUAGGCUGUACAAGUACUAUCGUGUGUCCGGAUACGGUUUGAAUUCGUUGGUCAGAAAUGCGGAUCGAUUUGGGUUACUUCAGUUGCCUCAAGGACUUCAAGUUUUCACGAACCACGCUUCGUUUCAGAUAUACCGAUUUCUCAUCGCCGAUUACAAUCUUAGACGUUUCUUCAACUUAAGUGCUUAUUACGGACCGGUGACUUUUGUUACGUUCGUCUUCAUAAUGAUUAUGACUGUCUGUUCCAUAGCAAGUUUAAAUACGGUGACGAUGAACGAUAUACUUUUCUGUGAAUUGUUGGAGAAGGCGGAGAAGAAGUUACCGCGAAUGGAAAGCGUCGUUAGCAUCAUACCUCCGUACAAGUGUAUUCACAAGCACCUACAGCGGAUGGGGGUGUUCCAAGAGAAAAUAAAGAAAAUGUUGCGCAAAGAACAGCUAGAGCUGGAAAUAAUGAACAGCAAAAUGUCGUGCAUCGAGAAGCUAUUGAAGCCAGAGGUAAAGUCCGAGUGGCGUCGUAGCAGAUCACCAAAAAUAUACCAUCGCCCUAUCAAUGUGGAAACGUCAAAGUAGCAAAAUACAGAAAAAGAGAACAAACAUAUGUAAAAUCCAAUGAAAUUUUAUAAUUAAUGCUGUUUUCAUUAACAACGUAUAAUUGAUAUAAACGUAAUGAUUAUUGUCAAAUGACACAUUUUAAACAAGUAGUAUGAGUCUUGCGGCAUGCGGUGAAGCAAUCAUACACAUAUUCCCCAUGUAUCCCUCAUUAAUCGUAAGCAUUUAAUUGUAAGCAUUAAUGACCUUGUGUGUGAUUCGAUAAAGUCUCAAAAUUAUAUUAAAUGUAUUAAGUCCAUUUGCUGUAUUUAUGGAUACGAAGGAUAUGUAAGUUAUAAAGUCGCUACUGUGAAUAUAAAUUAAUAUAAAAGUUAGUGAAAUUACAAUCGAUAAAGCAUUCUGAAAAUAUUUUCACGCGUAGCAAAAAAAAAAAACGAUUGCAAACAAUGGUUUUGUCAUCGAAGUAUCGCAUCCUUGUUCAAACACGCGUAUCAUUUUCGUAUGAUCACAUGUAAAACAGCAUAAAUCAUGACCUAUUAAAUGGACUGUGUAUCACAUAUAAAUGCACAGUUUUUUCGACGAAAUUUUUGCAUUGAAAUAGGCGGCGAUGCGGGAUACUGAAAGUGUAGUACGUGCCGAAAUUCGCCGAAAAAAAAAAUGCGGCGACCUUUUUUGCGGUCGACCAUAUGUGAACGACGAGUACUAGUGCGUUUUGUAAAAAGUAAAUGCCAUAACGUCGCUUACAUUGCUUGUCCAUGCGUCGAUAUUCAACCAUUUUAGACCAUGUUAUUUUAGAUCGUAUUCAUGAAAGAUAUUAAAGUUGAUUAUACAAAAUGUAGCGGACGUACUUUUUUAUCUCCAUAUGCUAUUUAUAUCUAUAAUUAUAUAUAAAUGUAUUUAUUCAAUUAUUCUGUCGAUAAUGUGUGUGCGAGAAUCAAACAUCGAUACGUUACGAUCUAUGUCAGAAUAGUUGUCAAUUAAAUAUCGAUUAACUUGAACCAUUUUCUGUUCAGAAAUACCAAAUUCACAGUUACUCGAAGUUCUAUUUAAUCGAACGAAUUCGUUCUAUGAUUAUAUUUUAGUGAUAUAGUAAUACAGUUAGUAAUAGAAAUAGUCGGAAUUUAUUGUUACCUAUAAUAAAAAAGAUCAUCGUGUUUUUAAUCAACUCAUUUUAUAAAAUCUAUUAAAUAUUAUUUGAAUUCGAAAAGUUAUUCGAAUAUAUGGGCAAUAUAUGUUAUGCAACAAUAAGAGUUACUGUGAGCACAAUACCAUUGUCUUGAGACAAUGACCAUUGAAGUUUAACACUAUUAUCCAACUUGGAAAUAAGAAAAGACAAUUUAGCAUGAUUGCAAUCUACCAAACUUUAACGUUCAUUAUCUCAAGACAAUCAUAUGUGCUUGCUCUACAUAUAUUUAUUGCAUAACAUUAUGCUUAUGCAAAAUGUGUCAUUAUGUAACUACUAAUAACAUAAACCAUAAUAAAUUCAAAUUGCAAAAAAA